UGUCAAAGUCAAACGACAAAACACGUGCUAUUUCAUUUCAUAGUUGCGAUUAUUUGAUCUAUAGAAUACUCAUUAAAAUGGGUGUUAUACAAAGAAUAAAGAAACCUACGACUCGCAAAGGUAAAAAAGUUUUGUUGUCCAGAGAACCUAAAGCAAUCGAAGGGCCCAAGCAGUGCAUUUUCCUCCAAGCUCGGAAUCCAUCAGAACGGGCUAGAAAAGUAUUAAAAGACAUUUACAAUUUAAAGAAACCUGAUGCCGCAUAUCUUAGCAGAAAGAAUGAUUUCGUUCCAUUUGAAGACACUACUGUUAUCGAGAAAUUAUGCUACAAAAAGGAAGCAGCUUUAUUUGGCGUCAGUUCGCACAGCAAGAAAAGACCCCACAAUAUAGUACUGGGUCGCACAUUUAACUACAAUAUAUUAGAUAUGAUAGAACUUGGAGCAGAUAACUUCAAAGCAAUGUCAGAGUUUCAUAAUAUAAAAGUACUGGCUGGAACAAAACCCUGCUUACUUUUUAAUGGGCCAGCAUGGGUCCUGAACCAAGAAUUGAAAAGAUUGAAGAAUGUGUUUACAGACUUCUUUUAUAGAGAAAAGGUUGAAACAAUAAGGCUGCAAGGUUUGGAGCAUGUCUUAAGUUUCACAGCAACUGAUGAUGGCACCAUUUACUUCCGGUCCUACAGAAUACUACUAAAGAAAAGUGGUCAGCGGACACCUCGAGUUGAACUUGAAGAAAUAGGGCCAUCAAUAGACUUCAAACUACGACGAACAAAGUUGGCCUCUGAUGAUUUAUGCAUCGAAGCAUGCAGAAUACCUAAAGAAGUCAAACCAGUAGCGAAGAAGAAUAAAUCUACUGACGCAUUUGGUACAAAAAUGGGCCGCAUUCAUAUGGGCAAACAGGACAUAAACAGAUUGCAGACGAGAAAGAUGAAAGGUCUUAAGAAAUCAGCAGAAGAGAAGAAGCAAAUGCAUAAGAAGAAGAAACUCGCAAAGAAAGCGGCAAAGCAGGCGAAUGCGACAAGCGCCUGACCAAUAAAGUUUUACUCUUUGUA